GAAGCUUCACAUUAUUGCAUCUCAGGCUUUGCUACCACCUUGGGGCCCAUACUAUCAUCUGGUCAUACACUACCACUAGGCCAUACGUUUUCUCCCCGUCCGGACGACAUAUUUGAACAACACACAGCCGCUCCAUGGCUCUGCGUUUUAUGAUGAUGACGCUAAACAUCAUUCUCGCUCUCUUAUUUUGUAUGCUACCUGGUGCACUGGCUGCAAGAGAUGGGAGACUUGCUAACAGAACUAUCGAAAGGACCGUCCAACUACGCACUCACUCUAUCUUCCCUCCUUAUAUCGACCAAGACCUUCAAAAUCGAUGGUGGGAUUUCGGUGCAGACUCUUACGUUAAUACCAACAAACAUAUACGAUUAACUCGUGCUCGACCGUCCCAAAUGGGGUGGUUAUGGUCGCGUCUCCCCAUAACCGCGCAAAACUUUGUAAUCGAAGUCGAAUUCAAGAUUUCAGGAGAAUCAACUCAUUUAUUUGGAGACGGUAUGGCUUUAUGGCUAACCACAACCCGCGCAGAACCAGGACCUGUAUUUGGUAGUAUCGAUAAAUUCGAAGGUCUCGCUAUAUUCCUUGAUACCUACGCAAAUGCCCGUCAUUCAUAUGGGUUUCCCCGUGUGUUGGCCAUGAUGGGUGAUGGAUCAACAAGUUAUGAUCAAGCGAAUGAUGGCGAAGCUAACAGCCUUGGGUCCUGUUCUGCAAACUUCCGUCGGACCAACGGGGUCACGAAGUUAAAGAUCACAUACGUGAAGGACGGUUAUAUAGACGUCAAAAUGCAUUAUAGAGCAUGGGACGACUGGACUGACUGUUUCAGAAUCGAAGGCGUCAACCUUCCUACGGCCCCUUACAUAGGACUAUCAGCCAUGACUGGCGAAGUUUUCGAUUCCCAUGAUGUGAUAUCAGUAACGUCUUGGUCUGCUGUUCUUUCCUCAGAAGAUGCCCCUCGUGACAAGCUUGGUGGACGGAUAUUCUCAAGUUCUCGAGGUUCGCAAUCAGGAUCCUGGUUUGGGUUCCUUUUCAAGCUAUUCUUGUUUGCCGGUGUAUGUGCCGGGGCGUUCUAUGGAUACAAGUCAUACACGGUGAAAAACAACAACAGAUACGGAUACAGCGGUACCUUCGGAUCGACUGGAGGUACUUUUGGUCAGUUAGGAGAUAGGCUGGGAUAUACAAGUGGCAAACGAUUUUGAAGCUUAUGUUUUCCGGAACUGUGUAAUGGGACGUCAGAUUUUUGGGGACUUAAAAUAUCUUAGAUCAAAUGUUCAUGCAGGUUUCAAGCCGCAGAGAUAAUGACAUACAUGCAUUUAUCUUUGGAAUAU